UCUAGGCCGAGCGGCCCGGUUUUCCCCAGCAAACCUGUCUCGGCGGGGCGGAGAGCGAGCUUCCUCCUCCGAGCCUCCCGCCUAGUCCUUCCGCCCCGGGCGAGCGACGGGGCGAACAGAAGGGCCGCGGGUGCCCAGGCCCGCGAUGCACUCGGCGGGAGCGGCCGUCGUGGGGUCGCUGUGGGGGGCGUCGCUGCAGGUCCCGCCGCCCCCGGCCGCGCCCUCGGGGCCGCCGCCGCCCGCCGCGACCCUCAACCGCCUCCCGGAGCCGCUGCUGCGGAGGCUCAGCCAGAGCUUGGACCGGGCGUCCGAGGGCCGGGGCUGGAGGCGGCUGGCCGAGGUGGCGGGGAGCCGGGGGCGCCUGCGGCUCAGUUGUCUGGACCUGGAGCAGUGUUCUCUGAAGGUCUUGGAGCCUGAAGGUAGCCCGAGCCUGUGUUUGCUGAAGCUGAUGGGUGAAAAGGGGUGCACGGUCAUGGAGCUGAGCGACUUCCUGCACGCCAUGGAGUACACAGAGGUGCUUCAGUUGCUCAGCCGUCCAGGAAUAAAGAUCACUGUGAAUCCCGAAUCAAAGGCUGUCUUAGCUGGGCAGUGCGUGAGGCUGUGCUGCAGAGCCACCGGGCACCCCUUUGUGCAGUACCAGUGGUUCAAGAUGAAUAAAGAGAUCCCAAACGGAAAUUCAUCAGAACUUAUUUUUAGCACAGUGCAUGUAAAAGAUGCAGGUUUUUAUGUCUGUCGAGUGAAUGAUAACUUCACUUUUGAAUUCAGCCAGUGGUCACAGCUGGAUGUUUGUGAUGUCACAGAAGUAACAGAGAACUUCCGGAGUAGUUUGGACGGCAGCUCUGACUUCAGGCUGCAGAUCUGUGUGGAGCCUCGGUCCCAGAAGCUGGCACCUGGGAGCACGCUGGUGCUGCAGUGCGUUGCUGUGGGAAGCCCUAUUCCUCACUACCAGUGGUUCAAAGACGACUCACCCCUAACACACGAGACAAAAAAGCUGUACAUGGUGCCUUAUGUGGAUCUGGAGCACCAAGGGACCUAUUGGUGUCAUGUGUAUAAUGAUCGAGAAAGUCAAGAUAGCAAGAAGGUAGACAUCAUCGUAGGAAGAACAGAUGAGGCAGUGGAGUGCACUGAAGAUGAGUUACAUAAUCUGGGACAUCCUGACAAUAAAGAGAAGACAGCUGAGCAACAUGUAGCAAAGGACAAAGUUGCCCUUUUGAUAGGAAAUAUGAAUUACUGGGAACACCCCAAGCUCAAAGCCCCUCUGGUGGAUGUGUAUGAGCUGACCAACUUGUUACGACAGCUAGAUUUCAAGGUCGUUUCACUGUUGGAUCUGACUGAAUCUGAGAUGCGUAAUGCCGUGGCUGAAUUCUUGCUGCUUCUAGACAAAGGAGUAUACGGAUUGUUAUAUUAUGCAGGACAUGGCUAUGAAAACUUUGGCAACAGUUUUAUGGUUCCCAUUAACGCUCCAAAUCCAUACAGGUCUGAAAAUUGCCUGUGUGUGCAGAACAUACUGAAGUCGAUGCAAGAAAAAGAAACCGGCCUCAAUGUGUUCUUACUGGACAUGUGUAGGAAGAGAAACGACUAUGAUGAUACAAUCCCGAUCCUGGAUGCACUCAAAGUCACUGCCAACAUCGUGUUUGGAUAUGCCACGUGUCAAGGAGCAGAAGCUUUUGAAAUCCAACAUUCAGGAUUGGCAAAUGGAAUCUUCAUGAAAUUUUUAAAAGAUAGGUUAUUAGAAGACAAGAAAAUUACUGUGUUGCUGGAUGAAGUUGCAGAAGAUAUGGGUAAGUGUCACCUCACCAAAGGCAAGCAGGCUCUAGAGAUACGGAGCAGCCUGUCUGAGAAGAGGGCACUGACUGACCCUGUGCAGGGCACGGCGUGCUCUGCAGAGUCUCUGGUGCGGAACCUGCAGUGGGCCAAGGCACACGAGCUGCCAGAAAGCAUGUGCCUGAAGUUUCAGUGUGGGGUCCAGAUCCAGUUGGGCUUCGCGGCCGAGUUUUCCAACGUCAUGAUAAUCUACACAAGCAUCGUCCACAAGCCCCCAGACAUAAUCAUGUGUGACGCCUACGUCACUGACUUCCCUCUCGACCUGGACAUUGACCCAAAAGAAGCAAAUAAAGGGACACCUGAGGAAACCGGCAGCUACUUGGUGUCCAAGGACCUCCCCAAGCACUGCCUCUACACCCGACUCAGCUCGCUGCAGAAACUGAAGGAGCAGCUGGUCUUCACCGUGUGUCUGUCCUACCAGUAUUCAGGGCUGGACGACACGGUGGAGGAGAAACAGGAGGUGAAUGUGGGGAAGCCGCUCAUCGCCAAACUCGACAUCCACCGCAGCCUGGGCAGGAGCACCUGCUUCCAGACGUGCCUCCUGUGUGAAGGACCCUUCCAGAGCGCGGCCUCCACCCCAGUUGGGCACUACCAGUCUUCCCAGGAUUCCUUCCAGGGGGUCUACCACUCACACCUGGCGCCCCCAGGCUCCCUCAUGCCCUCUGAUGGCUGUAGCUGCAGCCGCACAGCCAACACCUUCAUCCCGAGCCCCCCCACACACCACUACUCCUGUCAGCUGGGCGGAAGCAACGUGCCAGUCGAGACCACCGAUGAGGUGCCGUUCAGUUUCUCUGAGGUGCUGAGAAUUUCUGAGAAAUGACCUACCUCCCUGCAUUUGGACAUUACCUCAACUACAAGACCCCUCAAUGCUUUCAUGAAUCAAAGGAUUGAGCGAGAGCAAAUGCAGACACAAAGAGGAAGAUGAGUAACAACUACUCCGUAGCAGACUUGGGACUUUGAGGGGUUGGAAGUCAAUGAUUUAAUGUCAGAUUUCUCUUAAGGUCUAGUGAGGCAGUUUAUUUGGUCUGUGAAUGAGAGAGAGGGAGAGAGGGAGAGAACGUGACUGUUUUCAUGUUCGUCACUGCUUCAAGAACAAUGGGAAUGGCAUUACUGUACAAUGAGGCAUUGCAUUUUUUUAAAUUAUGUCUCUGUAUGUUUAAAAUCCAGACAAGAGCCUUGGCUAUCAUCAUACUUAAUGUGAUGUUGUCAGCAGAGAAAAACAGACAGAGGCAGGCCAUGUGAGUCAGAGCUGGCUCCCUAACAGAGACACCCCCACUCCAGCACUUUCUCCACUACUCACUGGGGACCAAGUCAGGUGUUAUUUUUGUAUAUAGGCCUACAGGUAGCUGUGUAAAUACACAUGUCUGUAUAUAAUCUAGGAAUAUUGUAGACUUUGUGUUGUAGGGCUUUGCCACAACUGUCAGCUAAGAGAGUUGUAUAUAAAUCUAUGUAGAACAGACUGAAUGUCUUGCUUGGCUUGUAAGGUCAUGAGAGCAAGCUAGAUAGCUAAGGACACCCCAAUCUAGCAUACACCUUCCUCUUCAUGCUUGAGGCCCUGGGUUCAAGUCCCAGCACCACAUGGGAGCUCCAGGGAUGGUGAAGCAGUGCUAUGUGCUCUUGAUAUCUCUACUCACUCACUCUCUCACUCAUUCAAAAUGGGAAAAUGAGGGCUGGAGAGUUCUCUCCACAGUGGUGUUACUGAGCAUGUGUAAGACCCUGACCUCACUCCCUAGCUCCACAAAACAGAAUAAAAUAAAUGUUCACAUUGGGUUGACUACUCGAUAUUUAAAAUAUUGCCAAGAAUAAUUUUUUUUGUCUGAACAGUAUUUCCAAGAAACCACCAUUCCUUGAAAACAAGAGUAAGGACCAGGUGGUGGCACACCUGGUUGAGUGCACACGUUCUAACGCGCAAGGACCCAGGUUCAAACCCCUAGUCCCUACCUGCAGGGAAAAGUUUCUUGAGCAGGACGGCAGGACUGCAGGUGUUUGUAUCUCUCCUUCUAUAUCUACCCUUUCCCUCUGUCUCUAUCCAGUAAAUAAAUAAAUAA